GUUGGCUGCAUAUAAGGCCCGCUCGCUUCUGGGCGUUAACAUCUCCUGGCCGCAGCCGCCCUAGAUUUGGAAUUCUACAUUAAAGUCAUCAUGGGCGUUUUCCAGAGAUUGAUGAAGAAUAAGGAACUCAUUCCUUUGGCGUUUUUUAUAAGCGUGGCCGCCAUUGGAGCCACAUCUUUCGGUUUGUAUGCUUUGAAAAAAACCGACGUGGUUAUUGAUCGAAAAAGAAACCCAGAACCUUGGGAAAUGGUGGAUCCUACUCAACCCCAAAAGCUUAUAACCAUCAACCAGCAAUGGAAGCCUGUUGAGGAGCUGCAGAAAGUCCGGAGGGCAACCAGAUGACUGCCUGCCUGCCACGCCUUUUCUCCAAAGAAUACUCUAUGAAUCUAGUGGAAACACUUCUGCACAAACUAGAUUUUGAUGCCAGUGUGCGGAAAUGCUUCUGCUACAUUUUUAGGGUUUGCCCGCAUUCUUUGGAUCCUGCAUAAGCAAGUGAAGGUAGCACAUAGUUUUCCGUGUUUAUUGGUGUAAAUUUCAAUUUUACAGUUGAAAUUUUCUGUUUGUGAUGCUUGCAUAUUUUCCUUGAAAUGUAUAAACAUGUAAAAAUUACAUUACUGCCGGUAAUAAAAUAAUUAGAUGACUCUCUGUAAAAAAUACAAUCUGUGCAAGAGAUAUCAAAAAUUACUAAACUUUACAAGUGGGAGGACAUCUUUUUAUGGGAACAAGCGCAUUUUGAAGUACAAAACUUCAUCUUUUAAAUAUCAAGUGCAGAUUUCUAAGUUUUACUUCCAAGUUCAUUCACCCUCACUCCAGAAACUUUUUGAGCAUGUAUUGUUUGCAGUAAAGCAAAGAAGGAGUGAAAAAUGUGUAAGGAUGUGGGUGUAGUCCGUUCAGGAGAAAAGGGACGUGGAGACAGGUGGGAUGGUUGUUUGAGGAUGGUCGGUGACCAGGAAUCCAAGACACGCAGAUAUCAGCCCUGGAGAUGCCAGUGGGAACUCUACUGCUCCUGGGAGGAUGGGGAGAGGAGGCUGGGGAACCCUGGCCAGCACCCUGUAGACCCUGGUCAAACAGAGACCAAGUGACGGUUUAAUCAUAUCCAGAAUGUUCCCCCUCACCCCAUUCCUUGAUGGCUCCUAAAAAACAGGAUCAAGUAGGAAGUUGCUUUUCAUUGAAUGUAAAAUAAAUGUAGCUAUAAUUCAUA